CCUCUUGACUCGACAGCGGCAGAGUGAGGUUCUUUUGCCUAUGAAUGACGCCUCUUCGCUAGCGUUCCUGGUGCGCCUGCGCAGAACGGUCUGGAACGCACAGAGUGAGCCUGAGCGCGUACUUUGAAAACGAAAGUCUUCUUGCAGCUGCUGUGGGUCCCUUCCAACCAACAGAGUUCUCAGAAUGCCACGACAAGGCCGCAAAGUAGCCAAAUCUGUUUCCACCCCUCCUCAAUGUACACCAGCCAAUGGAUCUUCAUGUCAGCUACCACAAAAGACAACUUCAGUGGACUACCAUGUCUUAAAAAGGGCCCAGUUGCAACAACAGUGUAAGAAGUUGGGAAUUCGUGCCACAGGAAAGAAUGCUGAACUUGUAGAAAGGUUGAAAGCCUUUCACAAAGAACCUCUGCUGGAAACAGGAAAUGGCGAAGAAGAAAAUACAAAGAAGAAUGAAGAGCAAGGCCAAAAAACCCAGCAGGGCUCUUGUAUUCCUACUGCUACCACCUAUCGCUUCUGUACCAAGUCUGGACCGAAUUCAGCUGUGGCUCCUCAUGAAAGUAAAAAAGGCACCAAAAAGGCUCCACCUGCAGUCACUCAUGUGGAUCUGGUCAACGAAAUAAAAACUGAGCCCUCUGAAGAGAAAACAGACCUCGUCCGUGGGUGGUGCGUAGUCCAUGGAAUGAUACUCUACCGCCCAGCAUCCAGUUGGUCUCCUUUGUUGCUCCGUGGUGGCAUGGUCUGUGUCCAAGAUGGAGAGAACAUUGUCCCCUUUCACCUACCUCCACUAAACAUCUCUGUUCCUGAUGGCUUGUCAGAUAACUAUGUCUGUCAGGACUGCGUGCUGAGGAAUCAAGAAAAGCCAAAGAGAUGUCUCUUGUGCCAGCAAAUACCCAGAAAAGGUAGUCGGGUUUCCUUACCCAAGAUUGACUUAACGAACGUGACCGCUCCUCUGGAUAGCAGAUCUCGGCCUUCACUCCUUGAAACCAGCAUCUCCAAAGAUAGGAGAAGGACCAGAGAAAUUAGGAAACUCUACCAGGCCCAAGAGGACCAGGCUUAUGCUCAGCGGGUGGAUGGGCUCCUUUCCCAGAUGGCCCGUGGUGAACUUGGUAUGGACCUAGCUCUGCGUCCCCUUCAGCCCCUGGUUGUCCAUUCCCCAGCUCCUUUUGAGAGAUAAGUGUAUGUAGAAGAUGGGCAAGAACUGAUGAAAUGCCAGCGAAGGACAAUCUAACAGAAACACUUUCUUGUAGCCUAAUAUUUGUACGCACUACGAAGGACAAUCUAACAGAAACACUUUCUUUUAGCCUAAUAUUUGCACACACUCUUUCAGGAUGUUCUUUUUCGCCUUUUAAUUGUCAGUUGUAAUAAAAAGGUCCUUGAAAAUAAAUUGUGGAACUUUUCUGCCAUCACAGUCUGAAAUGAGAU